AAGAACAGGAUUGAGGGAGAGACAAUAUGUAAAGGCUGGUGCCGGCUUGGGAAAGAGACCAAACCUAGAGAUAUAAUAAGCAUGCUAAGAAAACAGACCUACAACAACAGCAUAGCAUACGAGAAAAACUCGGAGAAGAUGACAGAGCUAGCAAAGGACUACCACAACAACCUACAAAGCGCGGGGAUAGAACCUGACACGGCAAAGAGAGAACAAUGCACCAAAGAGGUACUGAGCCACAUAACCGCAAAGCCUACAGAGGAACAACGCGAAGAGCUAGAACAACCGAUCACGGAAGACGAGAUUAAAGAGGCACUCAAACACUCGAAGAAAGACAGUGCCGCAGGAAUAAACGGACUUACAUACGAGUUCUGGGCCGACAUCUACAAACAAUGUGAGAAAGAGAAAGACGACAAGAAUGAGGACGCCUUUGACAUCAUCAAGAUACUCAAAGCAGCUUUUAAUGACAUACAGAAGAACGGGGUAGACCCGAGCACAAACUUUGCCAAAGGAUGG